AUGCCAAAUACACUCCUCAUCGCCUGCUGUGAUGGCGCUGUACAGCCGACUCGCAUCCGACAGCCGAGGCCCAGCGACGAGUGGAUGGAUGCAGCUGCGAAGUACAAAGUCCGCGACCCCUCAGCAAACACACCAACCAUCUCCCCUCACCUUGGCGAUACCCCAGCAAUAACGACCACGAAAACACAUCGCAUCGAUUCCAUCAGAGGGAUUCUCACCAUGCAGGCCGUCAUUUUCAAAGGACCUCUCCAGGUCGCCCUGGAAGAACGCCCGCGGCCCCAGCUGCAAGAGCCCACCGAUGUCAUUCUCAAAGUGAGAUACACCGCGCUUUGUGGCAGGCAACAUAGUGAGCUGCAUGUCUUCCGCGGCCACCAGCCCUCCGGCACCGGCUUCAUCAUGGGCCACGAAUUCACCGGUGAAGUCGUCGAGACCGGCGCCGAUGUCAAGUCUUUCAAAGCGGGCGAUCGUGUCGUCUCGCCGUUCACAGUGAGCUGCGGAUCGUGCUUCUAUUGUGAGAGCGGCUUCUCCUCGCGAUGCGCCAAGGGCCAGCUCUAUGGAAGCGCCAUCCUCGAUGGCGGACAGGCCGAAUACGUGCGGAUUCCGCUGGCCGAUUCAACACUGUUCCAGGCGCCGGCGGCUAUCGAUGAAAAGAAGCUCGUAUUGAUGGCGGACAUCUUCCCCACGGGGUACUUUGCGGCCAGCAAUGCCUUCCGUUCGCUGGAGCCCAAGGCAAUUGCAAACAGUACCGUGCUCCUGUUUGGAUGCGGGCCUGUCGGUAUUUGCGCACUCGUUAGCGCUUUGGAGUAUCGUCCCAAGCAUCUGAUCGCCAUUGACAGUGUCCCGUCACGUCUGCAACUUGCCGAGAGCCUCGGGGCUGAAGCGUGGAACUUUGCGGAGAACGAACAGGGUCUGCGCGAUCGAGUCAAGUCCAUCACCGACGGCCGCGGUGCGGACGUGGUCAUUGAAGUGGUGGGUCAUAGCAGUGCGCUCCGCAUGGGAUUUGAGCUGCUGCGUCCCUGGGGCGUGAUGUCGAGUGUAGGAGUUCACAAUGGGGAAAUUCCCUGGACGGGCAACGAGGCCUAUGGCAAGAAUCUGCGUCUGCAAAUGGGUCGCUGCCCUGUUCGCAGCAUCUUUGCGCCGGCCAUGGACCUGCUGGCGAAGAAACAGGACACACUCAAUUUCAUGGCCGAAGACAUACGCCCGCUCUCGCAGGCUGUCCAAGCGUACGACGACUUUAACCAAAUGAAGAGCCAGAAAGUGAUUUUCGAGGCGAGUAAAUAG